CGCAGUGAGGGCGGGGUCACGUGCCGCCCGCCGCGGGUCGGGGGCGCGGAGUGGGAACCGUAGGGACCUGUACGCUGCCCGCCGACCGAGUCCGAGGUGAGCGGCUAGAGGCGGGGUGAGUCCGCCUGCCUGCAGACGCAGAAUGUCUCUGGCUGCGUAUUGCGUCAUCUGUUGCAGAAGAAUGGGAACCUCAACUCCUCCGCUGAAAAGCCACACAUACUGGAGAGAUAUCAGAAAUUUAAUAAAGUUUACUGGAUCACUUAUUUUAGGGGGUUCUCUAUUUAUUACUUACGAAGUUCUGGCCCUGAAGAAGUCUUUGACAUUAGAUACUCAAGUGGUAGAAAGAGAAAAAAUGAAGUCAUAUAUAUAUGUGCACACAGUUUCUUUAGAUAAAAGAGAAAGUCAUGGAAUCACCUACCAGGCAAGAAAAGAGCUCCACAAAGCAGUAAGAAAAGUAUUGGCAACAUCAGCCAAGAUAUUAUGGAGUCCAUUUGCUGACACUUUCAGCACAGUCGAUGUGGAAGAUCAUGAAUGUCCUGUGUGGCUGCUCCUGAGGAAGAGCAGGUCGGAUGACAGAGCAGCACGACUGCAGGCCGUGCAGGAGAUGUCAGAGGCCCAUCACUGGCACGAUUACCAGUAUAGGAUAAUUGCUCAAGCCUGUGACCUGAGAACUCUUACUGGUUUGGCACGAAGCCAAGAAAGUGAUCUUCGCUUUUUUCUCCACCCGCCUCCUUUGCCGUCUUUAAAAGAAGAUUCUUCCAUUGAGGAAGAGCUCAGACAGUUGCUGGCUUCUUUACCUCAAACAGAGCUAGAUGCGUGUAUCCAGUAUUUUACAUCUUUGGCUCUGAGUGAAAGCAGUCAGAGCCUCGCUGCUCAGAAGGGUGGUUUAUGGUGUUUUGGAGGAAACGGACUCCCUUACGCUGAAAGUUUUGGAGAAGUUCCUUCAGCGACAGUGGAGAUGUUCUGCUUGGAAGCUUUAGUAAAACACUCUGAGAUACCUACACAUUGUGAUAAAAUUGAAGCAAAUGGAGGCUUGCAACUACUGCAGAGACUGUACCAACUUCACAAGGACUGUCCUAACGUACAGAGAAAUAUAAUGCGUAUCCUUGGAAAUAUGGCUUUGAAUGAACAUCUUCAUUCUACUAUAGUUCGCUCAGGCUGGGUUUCCAUACUGGCAGAAGCAAUAAAGUCUGAACACAUUAUGGAGGCCUCCCAUGCCGCCAGAACCCUGGCGAAUCUGGACCGAGAGACUGUGCAGGAGAAGUACCAGGACGGCGUGUACGUGCUGCACCCCCAGUACCGCUCGAGUCAGCCCAUUAAAGCAGAUGUCCUUUUUAUUCAUGGCCUUAUGGGAGCAGCAUUCAAAACAUGGCGCCAGCAGGACAGUGAUCAGGAUUUAACUGAACCGGUUUCAGAGGAUGAAACCAAGUAUACGACAUGUUGGCCCAAGUCAUGGUUAGCAAGAGACUGCCCUGCUCUCCGGAUUAUAUCUGUGGAGUAUGACACCAGCCUUAGCGACUGGAGAACACGGUGCCCCAUGGAAAGAAAGUCCAUUGCAUUCAGGAGCAACGAACUUCUUAGGAAGCUCAGAGCCGCUGGUGUUGGGGACCGGCCGAUGAUCUGGGUGUCACAUAGCAUGGGAGGUCUUCUUGUCAAAAAGAUGCUGUUGGAAGCCUCUAAGAAGCCAGAAAUGAAGACUGUGAUAAACAACACCAGAGGAGUAAUUUUUUAUAGCGUCCCGCACCAUGGAUCCCAUCUGGCCGAAUACUCUGUUAACAUUCGCUAUCUUCUCUUUCCCUCCUUGGAAGUCAAAGAGCUCAGCAAGGAUUGUCCUGCACUUAAAACACUACAGGAUGACUUUCUGGAGUUUGCAAAAGACAAACACUUCCAGGUGCUGAGUUUCGUAGAGACACUACCAACCUACAUCGGCAGCAUGAUUAAGCUCCACGUGGUGCCUCUGGAAUCAGCAGAUUUAGGCAUUGGAGAUCUAAUUCCUGUGGAUGUUAACCACUUGAACAUUUGUAAGCCCAAGACAAAGGAUGCUUUUUUGUACCAACGUACCUUACAAUUCAUCCGUGACACUUUAGCUGAAGACCUGGAAAACUGACAGUUGUCAUCUUCCGUUUUCAUACAUGAACAAGAAACGUGGUGUUCUCUCUUUUUAGGCUCUAAGCAAUCAUGCAGACAUAGUCACUGUGGCAUCAGCAAGGCCUGGAGUGUGUUGCAGGCAACAGAAUAUUGUUCUGUAAGACAUAAACACUGAAGUGGCAAUCAGAGAAUGAAGGGCCAGCCUGGGUUCUCUGAUUUAAGAAAACUUGUAUGCGGGCCAGUUCGUGUUUUGCAGUGUUGUCCCUGGUGACAGGGAGCCAGCUGCUAUGGACAGAGAAUGUGAUCUGUGACUGGCCUCCCGUGACUGCCCUCGGCUCGUGCUGGGAGGAGCACGAUGGCCUCCGAGGGGAGCGCCUUCGCCAGCUUACCGUAAAAAUGCCUUUGGAGAGUACCUAAACUGGAGAGAGAAUGAACCAGAACAUAAAAGACUCUGUUUUGGGUCUGUGUUUCCAUGUGCUAUAAAUUUUAAAAAACU